CAGAUUCGGGCAUACACUUACAAGAGCAUCAUGGCGGAUCGACGACGACCGAAACCCGAAAUAAAAAGGCCCCACGCCUCAAAGAAGCAUUUCAGGCAUCAGGAUUACGACAGCAGUGAGGACGAUUCCGAGAUCAUCGAAAUGGAAGACUUGGGUGAAAGGCAUCACGCAGGUGAAGGUCGUCCGAGGAAGUGGCACGGAGGUAUAGAGUCCAGGAACAGACAAUGCGACAGUGAUGAAGAUCCACAGAGCACAGGACAUCACUCGACUUCAAAUUGGGAAUUAAGGAAUGAAGAUUAUCGCCCAAGAUUAGAUCGUAGAAAUAUGGGUUAUAAUAACGGAUCUCGACAUCCAAGUUACCAAUACGGAAAACGACAGAGGAUAUACCUGCCUGAAAAUACGGAAACUGGAGAUAUGAAUGUUGCACGCUACUCGGGGAAUCAUUCUCCGGAGGCUGUUGAGAUGGGUUAUGGGAAACCAUAUUUUUACCACAACCACGGCCAUGGCAACAAUAACAGAAGCUAUCCGGAAAACAUGGAAAUAGGCUACUGGAAUCGUGGAUUCCUACCCGAAGAGGCACACCGAUACCCCGAACCACGAGAAGAGCAUAUGGAUCGCGGUUUUCAACCACCAAAUAUGCCUCAUCACCAUGGUAAUCAUUAUCCACCAGUCUGGAAUACUCAGAUACAAUCCAACGUCACACAGUACCCACAAACACAACAGGAAGACCGGUCCUCCCCGCAAGAGGAAGAGAAAAAACCGCGAAAGGUCUGGUGGUACACUACAUGUCGUGUCUUCUCUGCCAUUUUAAUUAUUCUUAAUCUUGUCUCAGAUUGGCUGCAAUACUCUGAUAUGAAUGAUCCUAUUGCUCAUAUAAAAGAAUCGAUACCAAAUUUCGAGGUGACGCAUUGUGUUACUUCCGAGAAUACACGCAAAGGUAUCGCACAGCAAUUCAUGUACUUUACCAUCGCCGGGACCCUUCUGGCGCUCCUACAGUUGGCGAAUAUUAUAUACCAGAUCGUCCAAAAUCACCGACUAAAGCCCGAUGAUGAAAUACGCAAUUAUCUGGACGAGCGAACGGAAGUUUUUCUUGUGAAUGCGUUUGUAAGAAUUCCACAAAAUUUUCUACUUCAUCGCCUGGAAAAAAAUUGCAUUGAAUGCAGCAUCAGUUGGAAUUCAAAAACAAUCAAACGAUUCCUGAAUGGUUUAUCCGCAUUACUUAGCAGCGUUUGGCGUUAUCUAACGAACCUCAAAGUCUCCUCCGGUAAAUCCAAAUGCACGUUUAGUUGUUCCGAACUAUGUGGGAAAUGUACGGAAUGCUGUGGCGACUGCUUCAAAGACUGCUUUAAAGGCUGUUUUAAAUGUAUAUGUCCAUGUUGCUGCUGUUGCUUUGAUUGUAAAACGUUUUUUCCAUGCUGCUGUUGCUAUGUCAUUUGCAAGAAUUCUCACAUGUCAACGAAGUGUGUCUGUAGUGGAAAAUGCGAGUUGUGCGACCCAAAUGCGCCCUCCAUCUUGGCAGACCUCGCCGCAAUGCCCACCGGCCUGUACACCUUCCUGUACAUAGCCAGGAUCAUGAAGUACUUUUGCAGCUUAUCAUCAGUAUAUUAUAUCUUUAAAAUUGUCCCGAACUUCAUCAACGAUGUCGUAUUUAAUUGGAUUUGGAAGGAAUUGUUUAAAGUACCCAAUGUAUAAUGAUUAUAUUUCACAUCUAAUAAUUUGAGGGUGCCAUUUUUGUAAUUCUGGUAUCAUUUUGAAGGGUUCAUCACAUAAAAAUAAUCCACUAUAGGAAUUUACAAAAUUUUGAUUACUUCUUGAUUUAUUUUUCCUUGCAUUUUCUCUUGGUAAAAAGUUGCAUAAACUUUCUUUUUUAUAAAAAUUUGAAAUAGAAUUGACCAUUUACUUCAGAUAUCUUUUAGAAAAUAUAUUUUAUUUUUCAUAAAAGGUGAAUAACUCUUCCAAAAAGGUUCAAGUACAAAUUGAUUGUCUAAUAUGUUAUCAGUCAUGUGGAUUUGAUGUAUUUCACUUUUAUCACUUUGUCUUGAUUUGAAUUGUUCAAAAUUGUUUAAUCUCCUUUUGUUAUACAUUGAACAUCUUAAUUAGAGAAAGAGAAGGAGAGAGAAAUAGUAUAUAUGUAUCCUUUUA